AUGUUCAAGAAAAAGCCGACAAUCAAGAACCUUGCGCCCUUGCGAUCCUCGGACCGCCGCAAGAUCGCCGACCAGAUCAUCAGCGACUACAAUAUCAGUAUCCCGUCAGCUGCACCAGCCGAGGAUGACUCCAAUACUCCGACCACGUCGAACCAAACGCCGCCCAACAUCACAGCGAUCCGAAACUCCCUUCUUCCGGAAAACUCGCUUUCUGCUCGCUUCACCACCACUGCAGGGCCCCAGCUCCGAGAAGUCCAAGGCACAGUCUACGUAGGAACACAUCCCGAGGGCGAGGAACGCAUUUUAUGGUUCAAGGUGGAACAUGGGCCCGGAGCCGAUGGACGAUUCUAUCCCACGGUUUACACAUUAUGGCACAAUCCCAACCUAGUGCCCUUGCUUCACACACCGGAAAUGGUCAUGCAGAAGCUCCGUGGCGGCGCAGACUUGAUGACCCCUGGCCUCGCUGAUGAACCUCCUUUUCCUGGGCGCGCGGUCAAAGGAGCUGUUGUCGCUGUGGCUGGUUUGGACCGACACACUGUCCCGUUAUUUGUGGGUGUCUGCGAAAUUGAUAUUGCGGGACUUGGGGAGGUUCAGGGCACGAAAGGACAUGCCGUCCGAGGCGUACACUGGGAAGGUGAUGAGCUGUGGGCCUGGAGCUCGUCUUCUCGUCCUGGACAGCCUGCUCCUGAAUAUCUGGCUGGGUGGGAUUUGGAAGCGGGCGAGGAAGACGUCGCGGAAAUUGAGGAGCGAGUCAAUGAGCUUUCCUUGGACAAAGAUCAGCAGACGCAACCUGCGGAGGAGGUGCCUCAAGUCGACUCUGCCGAGCAGCAGCAUGAAGAGGGAGCUCCCGUUGAGGAAGCGAAAGAACCUUCUACAAAAGAGAUCGACGAGGCUUUUGAGAAAGCCUUCCUGUAUUCUCUGUACAAACUGAAACAGGACAACCCCAGCGCACCGAAUCAUGGCCUGUCCCUUCCCGUGCAACCAUCCGCGCUUGUCUCGAACAUGCUUACUCCUUACCUCCCAAUCUACUCUCCUCAGCAGGCUCAAUACUAUCAGAUCAAGAAGACAAGCUGGAAGAAUGUCAAAAAGUUCAUCAAAUAUCUUGAUAAACAGCGUCUUGUCAAAUCUAAAGACCGCAGCGGACAAGAAACUGUCAUCCUCGAUGUGGAUUUCAACGACCGCCGCGUCGAGCAAUUUGUUCCUUACAAACUGCCAUCAAAGAACGCCGUUGAGAAUGCGGGCAAGCCCGUCCCCGGAAACAAGACGCCUGCAACUUCGGAGGGAGACCCUUCUGUCGGACAGACAAUAACCGUUCAGACUCUUUAUCGGCCAACGGGAAAGCUUACCCCGACAAUCUUCCCAGCUCUUUCGAGCGGCGACCCCAGGAACUACUACAAGUAUUCUGAAGUGUCCAACCGUUUGGACGAAUACAUUCAGUCUCAAAACCCGCCUAUUGUCUCCAGUGAGAACCGCCGGAUCAUCUCGCUCAAUCCUUUCCUUGCAAACACAAUCUUCACAUCUUCAUCAGCCGAGGACAAGACUACCAUUGCACGUGGCAUGACGACCCGAGAUGGCCUCUUGAAGCGGAUCGUGGAAGACUCGGCGUUUCUAACUCCACACUAUGUAAUCCUCAGGCAGGGCCAGGCCCCAUCCGAUGUGAAACCGAAAGCAGGUGCAACUCCCAAGGUCCACCUCGUUCUCGAAAAGCGGACGGGUUCGAAAACUGUCACCAAAGUUUCGAAUUUGGAGAUCUUCGGUAUAGUCCCUAGUCUGCUGGCUGAAGAACUGCAGAAGAAAUGCGCUAGUAGUACCAGCGUUGCCCAGGCCACUGGAGCCACCAAAGGCGUGAUGGAGGUCCUUAUUCAAGGUGACCAAAGGAAGGCUGUGGAAACAGCGCUGCUCCGACGUGGUGUCAAGACGCAGUGGAUUGAUGUGGUGGAUAAGACGAAGAAGAAGAAAUAA